GUGAAUCGGGGCGAGCAGCUUCGACCUCGCUAUGGCGCUCCUGCUGCAGCUUUUGUGGCUGUUGACGCUGAUCGCGACCGUGGUCCUGAGCCCAGUCCCUGCCAAGCCCUGGGCGGAUGACGAGCAAGCCUGGAGCCUGUCCUCCCAGGAGCUGCUGGCGCCCGCCCGCUUCGCGCUGGACAUGUACAAUUACGGCCGUACUGCGGUGACAAGGGCCGUGCUAGGGGCGGUACACGGGCGCGUCCGGCGGGCCGGCCGGGGCUCUCUGUUCUCCCUGGAAGCCACAUUAGAGGAGCCACCUUGCAAUGAUCCCCUGGUGUGCCUGCACCCUGAGACGAAGAAAACAAUGCUCUGCAGUUUUGAAGUCCUGGAAGAGCUAAAAGAACACUUGCUGCUGAGGAAGGACUGUAGCCCAGUGAAUGCCAAGGUUACAGAGUCUGGGAACGAGACCUUCCGAGCAUUCCUUCCAAUGUUGGACAAGGAUCCCCUGCCCCAGGACUUUUCUGUGAAGAUGGCUACACUCUUCAAGGACUUCAUGACUACCUAUAACCGGACUUACGAAUCAAGGGAAGAAGCCCAGUGGCGCUUGACUGUCUUUGCCAGAAAUAUGAUACGAGCGCAGAAGAUUCAGGCCCUGGACCGUGGCACAGCUCAGUAUGGGAUCACCAAGUUCAGUGACCUCACAGAGGAAGAGUUCCACACCAUCUACCUGAAUCCCCUCUUACAAAAGGAGUCUGGCGGGAAGAUGAGUCUAGCCAAGUCCAUAAAUGAUCUCGCCCCACCUGAAUGGGACUGGAGGAAGAAAGGGGCUGUCACUGAAGUGAAGGACCAGGGCAUGUGUGGCUCCUGCUGGGCCUUCUCUGUCACAGGCAACGUGGAGGGCCAGUGGUUCCUGAACCGGGGGACUCUGCUCUCCCUGUCAGAGCAGGAGCUUUUGGAUUGUGACAAGAUGGACAAGGCCUGCAUGGGUGGACUGCCCUCCAACGCCUACACAGCCAUAAAGAAUUUGGGAGGGCUGGAGACAGAGGAUGACUAUGGCUACCAGGGCCACGUUCAAGCCUGUAACUUCUCAACACAGAUGGCAAAAGUCUACAUCAACGAUUCAGUGGAGCUGAGCCGGGAUGAGAACAAGAUAGCAGCCUGGCUGGCCCAGAAAGGACCGAUCUCAGUUGCCAUUAAUGCCUUCGGCAUGCAGUUCUAUCGCCAUGGGAUUGCUCACCCAUUCCGGCCCCUCUGCAGCCCUUGGUUCAUCGACCACGCUGUGUUGCUGGUGGGCUAUGGAAACCGCUCCAACAUUCCUUACUGGGCCAUCAAGAACAGCUGGGGCAGGGACUGGGGUGAGGAGGGUUACUACUACUUAUAUCGUGGGUCCGGGGCCUGUGGUGUGAAUACCAUGGCCAGUUCGGCAGUGGUGAACUGAGAGACUUGCUGGCCUAGGACCUGACAUUGACCACAGUGGCCCCUUCCUUAGCCUGACUCAUGCUCGGGCCCCUCCUCAGAAGACAGACGGCUGAGGAACAGGCACUUUGUACCUCAGGGUGAGCAGCGGGCCCUGCGCCCUUUCUUCCCUCCUUCUCAUGCUUACCUGAAGUUCUCCAGCUGCAUCUUUGUUGGACUAUGGUAGCUAGGAGGAUCCUGAGGUGAAGGAGGCUUUCCCGGAAGCCAACACUAGGGCAAGAACCUUGGGCUACAAUAUGAUACAGGAUGAAAGUCUGCUCGUCACGAAACUAGAUUUGUCCUCAGCAGGCUCUGUCUUUCUGCUUUGGUGUUCGUCAGCCUGAUGCUGUACAUCUUCUGGUCCCUUUCCACAUCCAGGAAAGUUGUAACCAGCCUUCCCUAAGAGCAAUAAAAAGGUAGCCUGCU